CACUGAUCCGGACUCUGCCUAGCGCGGCUCGGGAGCCGUCUGCUGGCAAAGACGACGCAAUGUUCCUGGGGGACGGGAUGGACAGACGUUCCCUCACCCAUGAGAUUCUCAGCCAGCUGCCCCUGGCCCAGCAGACAACAGCCUGGGGGACGCUGGGCACCAUCAAACCCUACCUGGGCUUUGACGCGGAGAGCGACGUUCAGCACCUCGUGGAGGCCAUCGCGGGUAACGGCGCUGACCAUGGGGCCAUCCUGGAUGUGCUGACCAAUCGGACCAACGCCCAGAGGCAGCAGAUCACCAAGGUGUUCCAGGCCCUCACCAAGCAGGACCUGCUGAAAUCCAUGGGAGCGGCUCUGUCUGGGAACCUGGAGCAGGUCAUCGUGGGGCUGCUGAAGCCGCCGGCUCAGUACGACGCUCACGAGCUGAGGGCGGCCAUGCAGGGCAUGGGCACUGACGAAGAUGCUUUGAUUGAAAUUCUCUCCACUCGAUCCAACCAGCAGCUCAGCGAAAGCCUGGCCUAUUACCAGCGAGACUUUAAAGCAGACCCUGAAAAGGACAUAGCCUCAGAAACCAGCAGUUGGUUCAAGGAAAUUUUGCUGGCGCUAGCAAAGGGGAAGCGCGAGCACUACACCGGGAUCAUCGACUAUGCCCUGAUACAGCAGGAUGCUGAGGCUCUUGCAGACCCAGGAGCCAGGAGCGAGGGGGCCGGCGAGAGGACGUGGAUAAGCAUCUUCACGCAGCGAAGCCCCGAGCAUCUCAGCAGAGUGUUCGGUCAGUAUCGGAAAUCCCACGGGCUGGAGGUGGAGGAGACCAUCUGCAAGCACUUCCGGGGAGAUGGCCAGGCGGCCAUGCUGGCCUUAGCCUCGGUGUGCAGGAACACCCCGCGCUACUUCGCCGAGAGGCUGCACAAUGCCAUGAAGGGCCCCGGCACCAAUGACAAAGUCCUGAUCCGCAUCCUGAUCUCCCGCAGUGAAACCGACCUGCUGAGCAUCCGCUCUGAGUUCAAGAAGCGCCACGGGAAGUCUCUGUACUCCUGUCUCCAGGUGGAGACGAGAGGCGAUUACCAGGCAGCGCUGCUAGCCUUGUGCAGGGCGGAAGACCUGUAGGGCGGCUGCGAGCUUCGGCCCAUUGGCCUGCAGAAAAUGGUGGGAAGCGGUGCAUCGGGGAGGGAGGGAAGCAUGAGUCCGCCCCGUGGCAUCGGGUUCAUUCCUCUGCCGUUUUAUCACGGAAACAGCCACGAGCCGCACUCAGCAGGGUGCAUCUACGCUGCAGUUGAGGCAUGUGAUCGCAUACCCGAGGCUUGAAUAACAAGAGCAGGGGUGGGUGGUUGCCCUGCCCUCCCAGGAUCCUGGAUACUUGAGCGGCCUCCACCCAUGCAGUGCUUCAAUAGGUGCGGGCAUCACUGCUGUUGUUACUGGAGCGAGCUGGCUAGAUCCCCUCUGCAUGCUCUGCAGUCACACCUCCCCAUGGCAGGGGAGACCAUUUUUUUAAAUCAAGGCUGGAGGUUUUGCUAAAAGCUCUGCCCUAGGAAUUGUUUCGGGGCCUAGAUGUUCACAAUGGUCCCUUCUGGCCUUGAACUCUAGGAAUACCAGGACCUGCAGCCAUCCUGGGGCUGAGAAAUCAGCAGUGCUGCCAAUUCUUGCAAUGUUCUUGAAGUCCCAGCUCCAGGAGUCAUGUGAUUCUGGGGGACCAUUGGCUUGCAUUUUCAAAGCAGGCUUUGUCCACAUGGGAAAUUUUUCCAGUAUCACCUAAAAAUGUGAUUUUUUUUAACCCGAUAUAGUUAUACUGGUAUAACCUCCUCCAUGGACACAGCUAUCCUGGUGCAAGAGGGCCAUUUAGCUAUGUCACUUGGGAAGGGGUUUAAGUGAAAUCCACCCCACCCAUUCUACUGAAAUAAGAUGGGCCACACCCAGGGUUACCCCAGUAUUUCUCUCUCUGGCUAAUUCUCAUACCUAGCUCUGCUACUGCGCUUUUCUUCAGCAGAACACACAGUGCUUUCUAACAGAGGGCAGUGUUCCUAUCCCCAUUUUACAGAUGGAGCAACUGAGGCACAGAGCAGGCAGUGACUUGCCCAAAGUAACCCAGCAGGCCAGAGCUGCCAUGUCCUCCCAGUCCAGCGCUCCAGCUGCUAAAACACUGCUGCGUAGACACGCUCUCAAUUUUUAGCCUUUGGGCUUGAGAAUGUGACCUGAGGGGAACCCUCAAGGUUCAGAAACCGGGGCCUGGGGAACAGGGCGCCAGACUCCAAAUUUAUUAUUUUUGAAUAAUCUCAUGAUUUUUUUAGCCAAGCUUGUGAUCUUUGCAGGCCUGAUACCUGGUGUUUGAUCCCUUGACUUUGGCAACAGAGAGUUGGGAAAAUUGAAUCUCUCUCUGGCCUGGCCACUAUUAAAAUUUCUACCUUCAUAACUGUCAAUCAGGAGGUGAUUUGUUUUAACCAGUCUAGUCAGACCAAUGGGUCAAAUCGUCCCGUGUAAAAGCACCUUAUACUGGUAUGGGUGAUUCCCCAUCUCAUAUGGGACUUGCUACGCUGGCAUAAUGCACCUCUCUCCUCCUAUAACUGCAUCCCCACUAGGGCCAGGCCUACCCUAUAGAUCAGUGGCUUUCCAGACGACUGCACCCCUUCGAGGAGUCUGAUUUGUCUUGUGUACCCCCAAGUUUCAGCUCACUUGUGCUUACAAAAAUCAAACCUCAAAAUACAGGCGUGUCACAGCCACACCCUUACU